UUGGCUAUGCCGGUUAUAUACUAAUAAUUAUGACGGAAAGCGAUAUGUAUAUUAUAACUAGCUUAAGGAAAAAGUUAAAUAAUUCCUUCUCGGGAGCGUGGGCAAUGGGCCGCGUGCUUUUGUAUUCGUUAUGUGUGUUGUGUGUGUUAUGGAGGGGCAUUGGCACCGUGGACUAUUGCCAACAACUUAGGGAAUUGAAGCUUGAAACUGGUCGAGGCAGCGAGAUCCCGGAACGCGUGCUGUCCAUAGACGGCAGAACACGUAUACUCAAGCUAUGUGCGCAAGACUCUGUGCCCACCGCAGCGCGGGCGAUAAUACGAGCAUUGAUCGUACAUGGACUGCGAUAUCGCGAGCUCGAGAUCGUGGAAGAAAAGUGCACGCUACAGCAGCUCCAAGACUUUCAAGAUGAUAUUAAUCUAGAUUCCCACGUCAAUGAUUACUUCGUACUGAGCAUAGCUACAGCAUGGCGUGACGAGGGGACCUCAAUAGCCCAGUGCUCCGAAGGCGCCUGCGGGCUCGCGGGGUCCCGCCUCGAAGUGCUCGGUCGCGGCGCGGCGCCCGUAGCCAGACGACUACUGGCACGUCUGGCGCCCGGGGCUCCGUUUCACUGUCUACAGAGCUGGGAGAAGCUACGGGAACCUGAGUGCGGUUUUAUUGAUGACUUCUCGCCUAAGAAGACACCCUGCAGCGAAUGGACAAAAAAUCCAUGUUCUGGAGAAUGCGUGACUGUGGCGAUAGAGGGAGGAGAUUAUGAGGAAGAACAAUGUGAACUAGCACAAGAACUAGCCAAAGUAACAGAUCUACCACUGCGUCUAACUUAUUCUUUGAAUUAUUCAAUAGAAGAGCGCGCCGACAGCUCGUACCUCUUAUUUGACUUCGAUAUUUUGAUGGGCAGCAAGGAGCGAAUAUGGCCUGCACCCUUUCAUCCGAACCUCACUCAGGAUGCCGCUUCUUUGUCAUUGGGAGAUGUUAGAAGACUACUGUAUUUUGCUCCUGCAGUUCUGAACCUCGCAUACCGCUUCCAGCCACCAGCUUCGAUGUUGCGUCGUGUUCUAGACAAUAAUAGAAAACUUGGAAUUGACACAGCGGCUUGUAAAACCAUCGUCGAAUCUAAAAACUCCCAAGACCUCGCUCGCUCCUGGAUCACAUGCAAUGACAAAUUUUGCGACUUGAAACCUGAGGUGUUCAUUUAUGUAUGUGAAGCGGAAGAAAAUAAAGAUAAACGGUACGAUACUAUCAGAAGAAUAGUAAAAAACCACUGGUUAAACAUUACUAAUCGAAGUAGUAUAUUGGAGCUGCGGUAUGUGGAGAUAAAUUGUUCUCUAACCGAUGUAGUCAGAGGCGAUUUGGAAAAUUUUAUGACGAAUUACGAGUAUGUAAGCGUGCGUGGUGUGGUGGCCAUGGGAUCGGCAGGAGCGUCGUCGCUGCCGAAAUUUGCGCGGGAGUCGGCCAAGGUCCCUCUGGUGCUGGUGGCGCCGCCGCCAAGCGGCGUGGAGCUGGCGAGCGCACGGAUUACGGCAGCGUCAGCGGCAGCGCUGGCGGCGGCGGUGCGCGCGCUGCUGGCUGACUGCAAGUGGCGGCGCGUCGCACUUCUCAGAGAAGAGGGUCGAUGCGAUGUAUGGAAGCGGUCACUGGGCGUAGCAGAGGCGUUAAACGAGCAAGACCUUGUAGUGUACCAGGACAUCGUGCAAGCGCAUAACGUGACGGGCACACUUGACGCACUACAAACGCACGAUGCGCGCAUCGUUGUGAUAGACGCUAGUGCGGGCACAGCGUGGAUCGUGCUAGCAACAGCGGAGAAACGGGGGCUGACGAUGGAAGCUGGGUUUGUGUGGAUCGUCAUCGGCGCGGCGGGAGACACUUCCAAUUCGGACUGGCUGCCAACGACUUCAGAGUUCUCUUACUUCACUGUCAGCGGUGGCUGGCGCGGCGGCCAAGCUCCAAACAGCCUGCUCCCCUCCUCGACACUACGCGACGCUUUAGACAACGAGUUCCCAAGAUGGCCGCCACACACAUCCGCGCUCGUCGACGCCAUUUUGUUGAUGCUUGAGGGCACGACGCGAUUGGAAGAAAGGCAUCCGGAGCUCAGAGAUGAUCCGCAUCGCCCCGGAGUAACAGAAGAAUUCAAAGAUAUCCUCGACAACAUCACAGUGCAGGGUGUGACUCAUGAUAUACACAAGAAUUCAGCUCCGCCCGUGUUCACACACCGCUGGUCAAAGAGCGGUGCACAACUUGUCGGCGCGUGGAAUGGUCAGAAGAAUAUACAUGUUGUUAAAGAUCAGCUGUGCGGUAAAGUGCUCGACGGUCCCGGUUGCUACACCACCCGGUCCGGUAACAUCUUUAACCCCCACUGCCACGAUUUCGCCUGGGUCAUACUAGUUUGCGCUCUGGCGUUCGGACUGCCGUCUCUCUACGCCGCCCGCGCCGCACGCCGACGCCGUUUACAACUCAGAGACCGCGCCGUAGAAGAGCGCGUUUUGCUCCGCGGCGGCCAAUCCGCCGCCGAGGCCGCCGCUGGCGCCGCUUUGGCCGAACACGCCGUUCCUCGCGAAGCCUUGCAAUUGCUGGAUAAGUUGGGCACUGGACAUUAUGGGGUUGUGCAUCAGGCUGUGUUACGCCGCCCGAAUAGAGCUGCGCUUGGAGUUGCUGUCAAGGCACCCCGUCCAGAAGCACCAGUCGGUGCAGCCGCUGAGCUACUUCGCGAAGCGGCGCUUCUUGCGACAUUAAAACACGACCAUGUAGUGCGUUUCACAGGCGUGUGCUGGGAAGGAGGGCCCCUAGUACUAAUGGAGCACGCCUUUUAUGGCGACUUGCGACGGUACCUCCGCGCACGGCGAACGCUAGCGGAGCGCGCUCGCGCCGGCCUUCCCGAGCCGGAGGCGGCGCAUGUAGCGGCGGCGGCGUUGACGAGACUAGCGCGUGAAGCGGCGUCGGCGUUAGGGUAUCUAGCGCACCAGCGGCUGGUACACAGAGACGUUCGGGCCGCUAACUGCCUAAUAGACGUUCGUCGAUGUCUGAAACUGGCCGAUUUCGGGAUGGCAAGGCGUUUGGACAGUCCGGGGAAGGGAGAAUAUUUAUGCAAGCGUCGUGCCAUGUUUCCGGUCCUAUGGAUGGCGCCAGAAUCCCUCUCCCGUGGCGUUUUCUCCGCAGCAAGUGACGUAUGGGCACUAGGGGUGCUGUUACUAGAACUAGCCACGUUAGGAGAGCGGCCAUACGGCGCAUGGAUCACGCCUCGAGUUUUACGACACGUGCGCGAAGGUGGCGCACCGCCGUUGCCGCCAGAUGCCGUGCCUAGCACCCGCGGCAUAACAGCGGCUUGCUGGCAUCGUUCGCCCGAAGAGCGGCCGUCGGCAGCCGAAAUAGUCGCCUACCUCGCCGAUCAUCCUCGCGCCAUUCAGCCGGCGCUAGAACCGUACGCCGACGCCGAUACAAACGCAAACGCCGCCCCGGAUGAUGUGUAUAUAGACGAGUGGACUGUUAACUAAUAUAGAAACAAACCAAUUUUUUCAGCAGAAAAUAAUUAAAUGUGUAAGAAAGAAAUUCCAUUGCGUGUACAUUAUCCAGGGUUUGUUCCUUUUUCUACUGAGAAAUUUGGCUUACCUUAUAUCUCACUGGCCAAUGCACGCCGACGCCGAUAAAAACGCCGACACCACUUCGCCACCACGUCAAUUCCAUCAAACCAUUCAAAUUCGUUUGGACAGUUAUUAAAAAGGAGCUGAUUUGACUAAAAGGCAAGUAGCCUAAUAACAAAGUGGCGUGGUUUUACCAGCAGGGCUAGCACAUGAUUGUCGCGAGAGUAUGUCGCCGCGAGAUAGGUCACAUGUCUUUUUCUAACUGUAUUAUGACAUAGGUACGGGCAGGCUAUCUCGUGCCAAUCAUGUGCUAACCGUGUUCUUAGGCUCCGCGCACACGGAGGCAACAGUUGCUCGGCGACUUUCGUAUUUGUAUGAAAAGUUGCGUCGCCUCGUGUGCGCACCUUCAUACUAGCCCAUAGACCGAGCGACGGAGACAAAACAGUUUUGUCUCCCGUCUGUGGGGGGCCUUACUGCUAGGCCGCCAGCGCUUUUUGUUUGGUGUAAGUUACUGAAUUUGGAGAGAAUUAAGUGCAAUAUAAUAAGUGAAACUAAAUUGUAACAUUUACUCAAGUUAUUUUUGUACAAAAUAUGCUAAAUAAAUAAUACAUAUCAGUCAUUACUUAUUUCUUAAUAAUUCAUUAAGUUUUCUAAAAAGGGACUCUUUUUAGUACGCUGAAAUAAUUUGUGAGUGUGUUUAGUAAAACGUCCCGCUUUGUCAGUUACCAUUAAGGUGAGAUUUACUUGUAUCUUUAUAUGAAUAAACUGACAAAGUGGCUUUAUAGCAAUCGACAAAGUGGGAUGU